AUGCUUAGAACUUUAACAACCUGGAAUAAAUAUCAAAAUGACCAUGAGUACAAGAUUGAACAAGGAAUUAGAAAAUUGGCAAUAAAUGAUAAUCCUGGUAUCAAAGAUACUGGUGCAAAAUUUAUAAUUGGGACUUUGUUUGAUGACAAUUGGGUAACUCACAUCCAUAUGCAAAAUACAGGUCUAAGUGAUAUUACUGGUCAUUUGAUCCUCCGGUUACUUAGACAGAAUAAGUCAAUAACAAUUUUCAAUAUAGGUCGAAAUUAUGCCACUUCAAGGUGUAUGGUUGAACGAAUUGUAGAGGUUUUGUCUAAAACAUUAUCUGAAGUAAAUAACUUACAAAUUAAGCCUAAAUCUAACAAAAAACAUUUAACAAAUAAGAAAAAAAGUUCAAGAAAGAAAAAGAGAAGUAAUGAUAAGCUGUUAACUGACAAAUCACAACAAACAUCUGAAUACAGUCUGUACUGUGAACCUUUUCAAUUAGUAGGACCAAAUAAAAGGAAUAAAGUAUACUCAAAUGGGCCUAGUACCUAUGAUAGUGAUUCAUUUAGCAAUCAAUUACCAUCUGUAAUCCCUAAACAGUUUGAUCCUGUUGCUCAAAUUGAUAGUUACAGCCAUAGACAAAGUUUGAAAAAUCAAAAAAGUAUGCUAAUGAAAAAUGCAGAAAAUAAAAAACAAAUGGAUGUGUCAAAAGUUUCAAAUACAACAGGAAAAAGGGAAAUCAGGAAAAAAACUACCUUAUCACAACCUUCUACUUUCUCUUACAAUGGAAUUUGCAGACCUCAUCUUAGUACCAAAAUUAGAUAGUGUAGUUUUGCAAGCACCUUUUGCCAAGCCAACAGAUGUUUCUGUGUGUAUCACAGGACAUCAUAUAAUAUUCUCUACAAGAAAACAAGGUGCAGAAGAACUUUGGUUGAUGCAUGACAAUAUUGAUACUCUGGAGAAGAGAUGUACUUCUGGUAUAGCAGGAGGAAGUAUAAUUUUAAGAUGUAAAGAUUUCCGUACGAUCCGACUCAGUAUUAAAUCAAGUAUAGAUUUUCAGAAUCUUGUUACAUCACUUGAAAGAUUAAGUUCCCUUGAUGACUUGAGAUUACAAUACGCUUUUUUUUAUCGACCUAUGUAUCAAAUUCUUGAGGAUGGUUGGACAGCUUUUACUGUUGAUUCAGAAUUUAGUAAAUUACUUAAAAGUGAUGAAUGGAGGAUAUCAUAUAUAAACUCUGAUUUUUCGAUAUGUCCUUCUUACCCAAAAGCAGUUGUUGUACCUAAAGCUAUAGACGAUGAAACAUUAAUUGCUGCUUCUCGAUUUAGAGAAGGAGGUCGUUUUCCUGUACUGAGUUACCGACAUGAAUGUGGGGCAGCGUUGCUGAGAAGUAGCCAGCCCCAACCUGGACCCAAUAACAAGAGGUGUAGGGAAGAUGAGAGGUUAAUCAAUUGUGUACUCGCAGGUGGAAAGCGAGGUUUUAUUGUUGAUACUAGAACGCUCAAUCUAGCCCAAACAGCGAAGUCUCGCGGAGGAGGUUAUGAAAUAGAAAUUUAUUAUCCCCAAUGGAAGCGUAUUAACAACCCAAUUGACAAAGUCAGUAAUCUUCUUGAUUCACUUACUAAGCUAGUGGAUGCUUGUAAUGACCCCUCACUUUCAUCUGACAAGUGGCUCUCUAAACUUGAUGGAAGUAAUUGGAUGACUUAUCUCAAAGAUUCGUUGAAUUGUGCUUGCCUAGUUGCUCAGUUUCUCGAUCAGGAGGGUGCUUCGGUUUUGGUUCAUGGUGCGGAAGGAACUGAUGCGACUUUACUGGUUACUUCUCUGACCCAAAUUAUAUUAAAUCCGGACUGUAGAACUGUGAGAGGGUUUGAAGCUGUUAUUGAGAGAGAAUGGAUUCAAGCUGGUUAUCCAUUUACGAAGCGUCAUGCUCAUUCUGCAUUUUGUCCACCGCAGUUAAGGGCAAAAUCAAUCGCUCCUACAUUCCUGCUCUUUUUGGACUGUGUUUACCAGAUACAUUACCAGUUUCCUUCUAGUUUUGAAUUUUUACCUACUUUUCUAAUUUCUCUCUUUGAGAAUUCAUACUACUCUCAAUUCGGUACUUUUAUUGGAAACAACGAAAUGGAAAGGGAAAAAUUUGGAGUGAAAGAGAAUACAGCUAGCUUGUGGUCUUACAUUAAUCGUCCAGAAAUAUUGCAGACAAUAUUAAAUCCAUUGUAUGAACCAAAUAAUAGUGUCAUAUGGCCUUCUGUCGCUCCAAUGAGUUUGAAUUUAUGGUCAGGAAUGUACCUGAGAUGGAUUAUAGACCAGAAGCCAGACCAGGAAAUGUGGAAUGCUAUAGUUAAACUAAAGGACAAAGAAAAGGAAUUGAGAGGAGAGGCAGGUAGGUUGCGAAGGCAAGUCGAGGAAUCAAACCAUGCUCACUCUUCAGCGGAAUUGCAGAUGUCAUCUUUAUCGUUAGAUGCUGGCCCAAGUUGA